AUGGAAAUCCCUUCAGCCCUAGACAAAAACGUUAUCCUCUCAAGCACCACCCAUCUUCCAAACACCCACAGGAGUUCCCCCAUUUCUACUCCCGCACAAGAACACAUGGCAACCCUCCAUUUCACUUCUCCCUCCUUCGGCCUCACUAGGCUCAGAAACCACACCCAUCAACCCACCCUCCUGCGGCUAAACCUCCGGACAACCCUCCGGACGACCAGGGCCAGGCACACCAUUGUCCGGGCAUACAAAGUGGUAAUCGAGCACGAAGGUCAAGCCACGGAGCUGGAGGUGGAUCCUGACGAGACGAUUCUAUCCAAGGCACUAGACUCGGGCCUCUCCCUGUCUCACGACUGCAAGCUCGGCGUGUGCAUGACCUGCCCGGCGCGACUUGUCAGCGGCGCUGUCGACCAGAGCGAAGGCAUGCUCAGCGACGACGUCGUAGAGCGUGGGUAUGCUCUGUUGUGCGCCUCGUACCCGAGAUCCGAUUGUCGCAUCAGGACGAUCCAGGAGGAAGAGCUGCUCUCGCUGCAACUGGCAACUGCCAAUGAUUGA